AUGACGAUCUGCAAAUACUUCCAGCAAGGUCGCUGUAGAUACGGAGAUGGCUGCCGCUACGAGCACCCAGGCUCGGGCAACACCGUUUCGUCUGGAAAUCGAUUUGGAGCAUUGUCCGGCGGUUUUGGAGGUCAGACUUCAGUCCAGACUCCGAAAGGGAACAAACUCACAUUGAAUGUAUCUGACAUCAAGGCGGACCUGACUGAAAAGAAGAAUCGCCCUGAUUGGAUCUUCUCCUCCUAUGCACCUGCUCCAGAUGUUCCUCGACUCUUGUUCGGUGGCCCUCAGCGGGAGCAGAGCAUGGAGGAAAUGCGCUUGCGACACUAUGAGGCUACUGCAGCCGGAAACAUGGACCAGGCGGUUCAGGAGGCCCAGGCUUUGUGGCAAGAGUCGAUGAAGCAGAUGGAGGUCGCCUUGAACGACACUCAAGGUGCGAUCAAGUACAUCCUUGAUGGUUUCCAGGAACACCCCAACAGGAUCGAUAUCUGUGAAGGCAACACUGGUCCAAAUUCAAACCAAUCCGGCCCAGCUCCCUUUUCCCAAGCUCAACAGUCAUCCGGCUCAACUGCUUUUAACCAGCCAGCAUCUGUCGGAUUUGGCCAGCCUGCUCAAAGUGCGUCGCCAUUCGGCCAACCACAGCAACCUGGAUUUGGCCAGCCAUCUGCGCUGGGCUCGGGAACUGCAUUUGGCCAGCCGUCGAGCCUGGGAGGUGGAGGUGGAUUCGGCAAGCCAGGAUUUGGAACGGGAGGCUCUGCAUUUGGCACCACGAACAAUGCAUCAUCGUUUGGGUCGACUCCGUUCGGUCAACCCUCAGCGGCAUCUGCAUCACCAUUUGGCGGUGCAUCCACAGCAUCCCCGUUCUCCCAGAUCAACCAAAAUGCCAACCCGUCCCCAUUCUCAAACCCCUCCGCCACGCAAGCAAACCCCUCUCCGUUCGGUCAACCUUCGCAACCGUCCGCCUUUGGCCAACCAUCGGCACUCGGGUCCGGGUCCUCUCCCUUUGGACAGGCGCAGAAGCCUGCUGCUGCUGCCUCUCCUUUCGGCCAGGCAUCAGGCGCGAGCGGAUUCGGACAAGCGGCUCAGAGCGUGUCACCAUUCGGCCAGGUACAACCACAGCAGAACCAAUUAUCUAACCCGAGUCCUUUCGGACAGCCACAGGCUUCUACUACUACAGCAUUUGGAGGCCAGCCUACUUCUGCCGCUCCCUUUGGACAGACUGCUGCUCCUCAGGGCAUUCCGGUUGAGUCAAACCAAAACGCCGGCCCACCAGCGUUCAUGGACGUGGACGAAACCAAGUACUUGAACCCUCUUCCACGCCUGCAGGGCGAGACUCGACGAGACCCUGCAAGCAACCGCCUCACGAUGUGGAAAGGUCGUCCAGACAACAAGACUUGGAUCCGCAUCCACUUCCCCGAUGGACCACCAGAUCCGGCAUCCCUGCGUGAUUCUCAGGCCAAGGAGGAUGAAUACACUCCUGAGAUCGCAGCCAAGUAUGAAUAUUUUCUGAAGCAUGGCCAUUACGAGAACGGCGAGAUUCCCGCUGUGCCACCAAAGCGAGAGUGGAUCAGCUUUGAUUUCUGA